UCCUGCCCUCUGUCUCUACAUAGCGCUGCCCGUGUGCACGAGCGCGUCUUUCCCUGUGUUCUCUCCCUCACUCACACACACACGCACGCACGCACACGGGAACACGCAGACCAGGACACACAGACCGAGGGUGGGAGAGUGAGAGAGUGAGAGAGAGAGAACACAUCGCAGCCGAGAUGCAGCAGAAGGUUUUUCAAGGAUCAAUAGCGAGGUUAUGGUGUUGGGAGAGGAUGGCUGGAACCCUCUCCACACCUGCAAUGCACCCUUGGAGCUGAAUGUGCAGUGCAUGGCAAUCCUGUCCUGUUUCUUAACAAGAUAAUCAAAGAUGGACAAUGACACAUACAUCUGAGAGUCACUGUAUGUGCUUAACCUCUAUGAACUGCCAUAUUCUUGAUCUGACACUCCAAUCUCUAUCAAUCAUUGUCUUCUGAGGGAAACAGACACACUAUCAGUUAUUUUCCUGGCCCUUGGUGGACUACUGCUGCAUCUUCUGACUUACUAGUGCUCUGGGAUAGACAAACUACAGCCUUGGAGAACAUCUCAAAGGACUUAGGUUAACGAUUCAAUGAAACACAGAAAUAAACACAUGAGAGGAGACAGGAUGGGAGAGGGCACGGAUGAGGUGGACGGUUCCAAAACCACGAGGAUAUCUCUCAGUUUUCCUCUCAGCGCUGGAUUACCUGGCUUUUCUGCAAAGAAGCGCUGCUCCUCGUCUCACCCAAGUUCUUCCUCUGAUGUCUGUAACAGAGACAGUUCUGAUGGCACAGGAUGGAUAGCAGAACCGUUUAGAGACAAACAGUUAGCAAAAACACCAUCAAAAACUGAACGUCUCCCAUGUUCUUCCUCCUCCUCCUUCCCUGUUGAUCCCCCAGUCAGUAAGAACUGCAAGUCAUCUCUGUCAUUUUCUGUUGAUGGUAGCGGCUCCCGAUACCCAACAUCUCCCUUACAACACUCUAAUAAAUUGGACUAUUCAAAAGAGACAGCUGGGGUUAGUCUCAAUAAUGGGUACAAAGAGCAUUCAACAAGAGAAACAGCACACAUCCUUUUCAACCUCAGUGCAAGAGCCUACCAAGACCAAGGUAUGAAGGAUUUAGAGAGUUCAAAAGGCAAAAAACGGAAGGCCAACAGCCUCCAUGUUGAACUGAGCCUUCCUCUCCCUAGCAUCAACCCUCAUUCAUCUUCUUCAACCCCUCCUCCUCCUCUUUCCCCUUCGUCUGUCUCUCUUACAUCCUCCCCCUUGACUAUCCCCGCUCCAUCUUUCCAUGACUUUAGGGCAGUGCCGAAGCCAGAACUACUAUGUGGGGUGUGCCACCGUCUGUUCAGUACUGCUUCGUCCCUCACUGUCCACAUGCGUCUCCAUCGGGGGGGACGAGUACUCAGCUGCCGCCACUGUGGCAAAGCCUUCAUCCACAAUAAAAGACUGCAAUCCCAUGAGGCCACCUGCAGGCAAGGGCUGCCAGCUUUUCCAGUACAACCCAAAGAGGAGCCCCUGGAGGGGGGUAAUGUGGAGGGGGAGAGAGCAGAUGAGACCACAGAGCCUGAACAGCUUGGACAAGGAACAAGGCCUGGCCGACCCAUAAAGAAAGUACGAGACCUUCAUGGCCGUCAUACUGGAACACUGACUUGCAGGGAUACCCUCGGGGAAGAGGAUCACUUUGUAAAAGUGGUGGAUGGACAUAUCAUUUACUUUUGCUCUGUGUGUGAGCGCUCUUACAUGACUCUGUCAAGCCUAAAACGACACUCCAAUGUGCAUUCGUGGCGGCGAAAGUACCCUUGCCACUUUUGUGAUAAGGUAUUUGCCCUGGCUGAAUACCGCACCAAACAUGAGGUGUGGCACACUGGUGAAAGGCGCUACCAGUGUAUAUUUUGCUGGGAGGCAUUUCCAACAUACUACAACCUUAAAACACACCAAAAGGCUUUCCAUGGCAUCAACCCUGGCCUGAUCUCAAGUGAGAAAACAGCUAAUGGUGGCUACAAACAGAGGGUCAAUGGUCUUAAACUGUACCGCCUGCUGCCCAUGCGCUCUAUGAAGCGACCUUAUAAAACAUACACUCAGCCAAUGACUGAUGGUUUACUCACUUCUGAUUCAGCAGUGAGCCUUCCUGUAUCUCUGGACAGCAGUAACCCUCCAACUCUGGACACAAAGAAAUUGGAGUCUUUCCUUAAAGACCUUCAAACAACAGACAUAAAGACUGAACCUGAGGGAUUUCCUAUCAGGGUGGAUGUAGAGCAGAGUAAAAAACUAGCUGCUUCCCUAACAGAUGUGGCAGUAGAAACCAAAAAGACAGAGGGGUCAGAUUUACUGCUGUCAGGUAGUAGCAAUGGCAAAACCUCAGAGUGCCCAGAAGCUGCUGUCUCUUCAGUCAUUACAUUUGCACACAGCAAACCCUCAGUCAUCAUGCACAGUACUGCAGUUUCAUCAUCUGUCAUUGUAAACAGAAAUAAGAUGUCUUCUGAGGAAAGAAAAAGAAGUCCAGAAAAUCAUCCACUUGAAAAGACUCACAAACGAAUGAAAAAACAUAGUCAGAGAGAACACACUGAUACAUAUAGGGAGUGGAAUGCUGCAGGUUUAGAUCCAGAGGUUACUAAAAUUAGACACUCAACGGAGAAGCUUCACAAGGGGCGAAGAGUUCAUAAUAAAACAGAGUCAACUAAGACAAUACCAAUAGCGGUGGGAUCAGAAGUCAAAGGCAGUGGUCCACUUUGUCAGAUUACUGUGCGCAUAGGGGAGGAGGCCAUUGUCAAAAGGAGCAUUUCUGAAACAGACCUAAUGAGAGACAAAAGCCCUACACGCAGCAAAGCCAAAAAGAGUAACCUCUCACAGGACAACCAGACAGAACAAAGGCACACCCAUCACCAACGUAAACACCGCAACUCUAGCCAGGAAGGAAAGGAGGGGGAGCCCAAAUGGAAAAAAGCUAAACUGAAAAGCAAGGUGAGGAAAUACUUCUUCCGCCAAGAGGUCAGAGAUGACAAAAAUGACCAUGAUGUGGAUGACAACCUGUGGAGGCCUUACUAUUCAUACAAACCCAAGCGAAAAGCCAUUCAUAUGCAGGGGACUAAAUCCUGGAAGCGUAAAAUACACUUCAAACGAUCCCCAAGAUCUAUACGGAGAACUGAGAGGUUCAUGAAAAAUACAAAUCAAGAAGUUGAUGGGCGAGAUGCUGAUGAGGGACAGACACAAGAAAUAAAGAAAGAACAAAUACAAGUUACUGAUCCUCAGAAAGGUCCAGUCAAAGAGACACCACACUUUUUACCUGACCCAUCAAGAACAGAACAGAAGGAGAAAGAAAAGGAAACUCAAGGAAAAUCGGAUUUCCCCCUCCCUUCGAUUGUCCCUCAGACUACACUUAAUCCUCAAUACACAACCUCUUCUAUCAUCAAGCAACAAUGGUUAGAAAGUCAGGCCUCUGAGUGUGGAACUUGUGGCCGUUGGUUCUCAAGCCCAAGAAAGCGAGACAAACAUGAGAUGACACAUCUGUUCGAGUUUGUGUGCAUGCUUUGCAGAGCUACUUUUCCCUCACAGUCAAAGUUAGAGGAACAUCAAAGAACCCAGCAUCCCAAAAACAAGCCUCUGUCUGGUCCUUCUUUUUUUACUCCGCAGUCAAGAAAGGAAGCGGAAAUGAAAGAAGAUGAUAAUCAUCUGGAUGGACAGUCUAUAGAAAAGGGCAGUCCAGUUCGCUUGGGAAGAAGGCCUCUGAUUAAACAUACAUGUUCAAAAUGUGAUAAGGUCUGCAAAACCUCUGCUGCACUCAACUGUCAUCUCAAGCGACAUGAGCUGGGCAAUUUAACUGAAGCUGAAGACACACAGAAAAAGCAAGACACGCCAGGUUGUACACAUUCAGCUGCAGAGUCUACACCAAACAAAGAUUCAGGCACCAAUAGUGAACAAGCACAGUCUGUGUCAGUCAUAUAUUAUUCGAAACCGGACUGUCAAAUCACUGACAACCAGCUGGGUGAAAAGAUGGAAGAACACCAAAGAAUCAACAACUGUGAAAGCCCACAACUGGCAUCUGAUGAGAAAGUACAUAGUCCGCUGGGUUCACAGUUCUCGCAAGUUAUGCACAACCCCACUUUAGAAAGGGUAAAGGUCAUCUCUCCAAACACCCCUAGUGUACUAGUAAUGAAUAGCUCAGAGUGCAUAGACUACAGAACAACAGAGAAACGAAAUUUAGACUCACUAGGGCAGCAGAAAAUAACCCCAGUGUCGAGUAAUAGGCAAAUCCAAAUUUCUCCGAAGCUGACAAACCCUCAAAUUAGAAGAGAAACAACUCAAUCCAGGCCCAUAUCCUUAAAAACUGCCCGAGGCACUGUGCUUAGUCAAGGGGUGGGAACAGUAACACAGAGGGAGGGUGACAUCAUUCCAAAUGAAAAUUUCAAUGAUUUACAAGAUGCUCAGGAUCUAAGAAUAUUUUCUCAAUCCAAUAACCAAGCUCAAGAUUUAUCCAUGCCAACAAUACUGGCCAAAAAGAGGGAACUUGAUCAAAAGAUUACACAUCCAUCCAACAUCUCAAAGGAACAAUCUUGCAAUGAGGUGUCAUUGCUAGUGCCCAAAGAGGAACCGCUCAGUCCUGUACCAUCUCCUACAUGCUCUGUUAUUCAAACCACUCCAAAAGGACCUUCUCAAAGAUAUUCGAAGUCACCUUGUCAUUCCCCAGGACCUUUAGACCUACAGCUGCGGCCUCAGCUAGAGCAAUGCCAAUUACACAGAGGACGACACAAUACAGAUAUACAGGAUCUUAUGCUGUCUGCAAAAUCAGCCGUGGGAGGUGAGACACCGCCUUGUCAUGCCAUGCUGCAUCCUCAAGUGCCCACAGCAGAGCCUGAAUCAAAGGACAAUACCUCCAUCGCAUCUACAGAACACCACAGGAGCUCCGGCUACCCUGUCCAGGAACUUACUCUUCCCUUAAUUAUACCAGGAGGGUACUACUCUGGUAAGAAACAGGAGGAGCAAAUCCUGAUGUCUUACCCAACUGGACCCUUACCCUUUCCACCACUUGGGAAGAUGGUACCCCACUCUGACUCAACUAAACUGCCCUUUUACCCUGACCCCUAUCACUUACUGUAUGGCCCACAGCUACUGCCAUACCCCUAUAACCUUGCUGCCCUUCCAAUGGCUCUAAAUAUGAUGGCAACAGGGGACAAAGAGCCCUUGCCCUUCUUUCCUUUUUUCAACUACGCCGCUGCUGCUCCUUUAACAGGCGCAGUGCCCCAUCCUUUAGUGGUGAACCCCAGCGUAUACAACAGUGGUGGCAGCAGUAGCACAAAGCAGGACAACCCAUGAGUGAAACCACAGUGGCAGCAAGGGAAUAUAUCUACAACAGCAGAGCAGGGUGGACAUUGUGUUCUUCUGUUUGUUAACUGCACACUCUUGCACAGCUCUUUUGUAAAGCAGCAAAAGCAUGGGCAUACAUAGGAAUCAAAUGUGGUGAAAAGAUGGAGGGGUGUCUUGAUGACAGGACAUAAGGGGGAAGAACAAAACAACGACACCCCCUUUAGGCACUGCCAAGAUGCACCUCCAACACACCACUCCUUUGCUCUUCUGUAGUGUUUUUAGAGCUUGGAUAUCCGUCCUUUCAGAGUCAUCAAGUUAUUAGGUAUAAAACGUGAACAAUGACAGCUAACAGGACGUGUGUUUUGCAAAAUAAGUUGGGUCUGCUUCCCGUAAUAGAGACGGUUUAACAUUAAUAAUUAUAAUAAUAGUUACACAUUAAUCCUGCUUACAGUACUAAAAAAGAAGGAAUCUACUGAAAGCUAAAUGUUAUGCCUGAGGAGGCUCAACAUACAGUUUUCAACACACAGAGAAGGGACAGGCAGCAACAGGUGUGUGUGUGUGUACUUGUGUGCAUGCAUGAGUGUGUCCAGUGUGUGACGGUGUAUAGAGGUAAUGCAUGGAGAAUUGGGGUAGCUCAUAGUGAUCACAACAUCAGUACUUCACUCAUGCGUUUCAGUAUUUUGGCUUACAUGUGCCUGCAGGUUUAUGUCUGUGUAUUUGUGGGGUGUGUUGGGGGUGUAGGCAUGCACACUUGAAGUAAUGUGUGCUGCAUCGGCCUUGGUCAGUUCCAUGGAAGUUCACACGUAAACAUCAUUCCUGGAUAAACUGUUAUAAUCUUAAUAGGUCAGUAAAUAGAAAACAUAGAUGAAGCUCUUCUUUUGUCCGUCAUAGCAUAGCAUCUUGAUGGUGUCAUAUAAAUUAAACAUGUUAUUAUGUAAUGCCUUCACUAACCAGGAUCAUCACAACAGGGUCAAAUAUACAGUGAUGUUGACUCCACUCUAUAUUUGACCUUGUUAUGUUUAGAGACAGACUGUGCUACACAUAGUUUGGUUUGUAGGACGUGGGUAUAUUAAUCCUUUUCAAUGAUCACUCGUCAAAUGUUUUUGAAAUAUGUCUGUGUACUUCCAGUACUCAUGCCAACUGUUUCAUCUCUUCCAGCAAGAUACGAAAAGUCGACUUCAUGUUUAGUGGCCUUCUCCUCCCCACUGCCCCCUGGUGUCCACCAAAGACACUACAUUCACUUGAGUGUAUUUGAGACCAGAGAGGAACCAAGUGAGACAAACAGAGAAUGAAACUGAGUGAGCGCAUGAUGAAAUGGGAGCAAAAUGAAAAAAAAAAAAUAGGGGCAGUAUGUUAGCACAAAUGGAGCUUCCUUCAUAAAGACAGGGAGAAUCGUAGUCUUGUACGAGGCGAUAGUCAGUGAAUGUUAGUUUUAGAAAGACGUGAUCUAAAGAGAUGUAUUACAAGCAAGCCUAUUAUCGGUUAGCAGAUUCUAUUCUUGAUGCCCGUGCAGGGCCUGCACUAUGGGACUUAUAGCACUGGAGUGACUUAAACACUCCCUUGUACUUUCUUGUUUUUAUAUCUUUUGUUUUUCACAAUAUUAUUUGUUUGAUUUACAUAUUUUUCCCUUUUCGUAGUGAGAUAAGGCUUGUUCUUGAAGAUUCUUGUUCAAGUACAAAUGAAUAUGAAUGUAAUUUUAGUCAUGAGGUUGAAAUACAGUAAAGACAGCAGAUAAUUUCUGUACGCUGACUUGAAAAGUAACAUGUAACAUUGAACCGCUAUGAGGUAUUCAUAUAUAUAUAUAUAUAUAUAUAUAUAUAUAUAUAUACAUAUAUAUAUAUACAGUAGUCUUAGGGACAUGUCAAGGAAGCUGGUUUCAAUAUAACCACAACGCAUGAGCAACAAUAGCUUAUUCAGUAUCUUCUGGUGUUGUCACAGAACUCUCCAUUUUCCGACAUACAGUACGUGGUUCUUAUUUUUCUUGCUUCACUCCUCAGAAAAGUUUUGACCCCACUUUCAUUAACCCCUCAGUAUAAAAAUGUCAAACCUAAAACCAAAAGAAGCUUCUAGUUGCCUUAUUUCUUUUCCCCAAGCACCACAGAUGUUUUCCAACAACCGCCCUCCAUCUCCACCUCUGUCCCAUCCCUCUCCUAUUCUAUUCUCAAUAUUUUCCUUAUCCUUUGAAGUGUGUCUGAAACUGUGCAAUGUAGCCGUAGCACUGUUCAUUUCCUGAGGGUAAAAUACAAUGCAAUGAACAGUUGUGAAUUAUGUAGCUGCACUGGGGUGUGUGAGAGAGAGGGUGUGGUUGUACAAGAAAAGGAAACCAAAACAAUUCUGAUUUGAUUCUGGAUCUCUUUUAUUUUGCUGUUUUUAUUUUCCAGUUUCAUCAUGGUAACACUUUACAAUAAGGUUUAAUUUGUUAACAUUUUUAAACGCAUUACCUAACAUGAACUAACAGUGAGCAACACUAUUUUAACAUUUAUUAAUCCUUGUCACUGUCAAUACAAUUAUUCAGUUCAUGAUGCAUUGAUUUAUUAUUCAGUUCAUGAUGCAUUUAUUAGUAAAUAUUUAAAUUAACAUAAACUAAGAUGAAUAAAUAUUGUAUAUAAGUAAAUAAGUAUUGUUCAUUGUUAGUUCCUGUUAACAAAUACAAUCUUAUUGUAAAGUGUUACCAACAUAAUUUUUACAUGAAUUUGGAAAUCUAAAUGAAUUACCUAUACUGAUGAUUGGUUAAAAAAGGCUGUGUAAAUGGAAAAAAAAAGAAAAUUGUCAGUGACAUCUGAGUAACAAAUACACUAUUUUCACCUAAAAAAAAUGUGACCCUGUCUGUGAAAUCUAAGCUAAAGUGUCACAAUUCUAAUUUUGAGAUAAUGAGUAAAAAGUUUGAUUUCAAGCAUGAAUUUCACUAUGAAUUCAAUUUUUGACAUGUCAUUUCUCAGUUAAUAUUAUAGACAUCAAAGAUUAUUUAAUGUAGAAAACAUUAAAUAACAAAAAAUGACUGGGUUUUCACAGGCAGGGUCACAGAUAAGAGUCCAAUUUUCAAAUGGUAAUUUCUGAAUGAGUCAUUUUAAACAAACGAAUUUCAAUAACUACAUCCAAAAUUCAAAAACUUUUGUUCACAUUCAAGAUGCCUUUUAUAAGAUUUUUUUAUAAUAAUACGCACAAAAUAUAAAUGCACCUUAGAAAGCAAAAUUGGUCGUAACAAUAUCAAGUGAAUAUCAAGGUUUUACAAAAGCACAACCUUGAGGAACAUCAUUGUUCUUAUGUUCCUUUUCAUCCAUUAGCAAACAUUCAAAAACGUAAGGAAAUUCAGUGGAAGGUCUUGCUGAAAGAGCUCACCAGUGAUUGUGUGGGAUACAAAUAUUUAUCAAUCAGCAUCUGGAUAGACUACUGAAUAUUUGCACAGAACCUCAAAAAAGGUUUUGGGAACCAGAUGUACUGAAACAUGUACAGCAGAUCUGCAGUUUAGCACACUACCUGACCAACAAAAUUCUUCAAUAGAGGCUUCAAAUGUGAAACAAAAUGGGUCAAAUCUACCAGCUGCAUAUGUUCUGCACUUGAUCAUAGUUGUAGGCAUGUGACUUAAUUGUCUGGUAUUUUGUGAAAAUGUAAUAUUGUACCAUUGUUUUAGAGGUCCACAUUAUAUUUGGGCAGUAUAAAAAAGUGAAAUGUUUGAAGUUUCUUUGUGUCUUGUUGACUUUGUGACCAUUCGAUACUGACAAUUGUUGGCACACAUUGCCAAUUCAUGUCUACAAUCUACAGUUAAUUUCUUUGCUCCUGUUCUCUUUACUCCCUCUGUCCACGCUACAACCAUACAAAUAAAGUAUUAACCUGAUGACGUGAA